AUGGCGGUGGCAGGCAGCGCGCGCGCAGGCGGCGGCGCGUCCACUGCCGGCGGAGCUCAAGAUCUCCGGCCGCUGGACAAGGAGGGAAGGAGCAUCGCCACCUCGGGCUGCUCGUCGACUCCUCGUAUCGCCUGCUUGUCCACCACGCCCCUUGGAGUCGCGAAUCAACAACCCUCCUCUGCUCUAUCCGUGCUCCUGGAGAGGCUGAGAUUCUUGUUAUUGUUGCAUGUGCUUCCAGCCUGUGUGCAGGUUGAGCUGGUGGUUCAGAUGAUUAAUGGGUUUUUCUUUGUAUGCAUAGAAGGAAAAGGAUAUAGGACAUGCUCUGGCCUUAUAGAAAUAGAAUCUCUGGUAUCCAACCAAGAAAUAUUUGGACUGUGCAGGAAGAAAUGGUUAGAAAAUAAUGGACCGCGGUGGAUGAUUUUCAGAGCAACCUCACCUGAUGGACAGUGGUGUCUGCCGAGUAACAAGCAAAAGGCCGCAACAAUUGAUGGAUGGCGAAGGCCGCAGCAGCUCGACUCCUCUUCUCUCUCCCGCCAAGAAGCACCAGAGAGCUGGGGAGGUUCCAGACCUUCACGCAGCUUUGGCAUGGAGUUGAGCAAAAGAAUAGUCACAGGAAUUUGGGUCUUCUAACUUGCAGCUAGGGUUUCGGUG